GAGGGAGCUACACACGAUCAGUGGAAAAAAUACAGAAAUCUCAAUUAAAAACAAUAAAUUAACAUGGCAGAUGACGUUGAGGAAUCCGAGGUCUUUGAAAUAACAGAUUUUACGACAGCUUCAGAAUGGGAGAGAUUCAUAUCUCGUUUGGAGCAAGUCAUCCAUGACUGGAGGCUUACAUCUGCUCUGUUAGGACCCCCACUUAAAAAGGGUGAAUUCACAUCAGGCAAAUGGGAGGAGAAAUCCGAGAAUAUUUCCUUUGCAAACUUCCACUUCCUCAUCAGCGAGCAUCGGCUGAAGAUGGAAGGGGAAGAGGAUGAGGAGGAGGAAUCUGAACAAGAGGAUGAUGGUAGCAAGCAGGAAGAAGAAGAUGAUAAGAUUCCUCAGCCAAUAGAAGACAUGCUUUCAUCCGGCAAUGAUUUUCCUCCUAGAGCACACUGCCUUUGUAGAUGGUAUGGUUUGAGGCAUUUUGUAGUCCUCUCACCCGCAGCAAACUCUGAGGCUAUUCUGAGUGAGAGCAAGUGCAAUCUCCUUUUAAGUUCUCUUACAAUAGCAGUCAACAAUACAAACUGUGCUGUGCCGAUGUUUGCCCAGAUACAGCAGAAAUGGAGGCGGAUGUACACAGGUGUAUGUGAAGCCCCUGGGGUUCGAACAACCUUUGACAUUGUCCAUCUCAAAAGAAUACCUCAUCAGUACAAUCACCUAGAAGGGCUUGUCAAUGUCUUCAAAUCAAAACUGGCAUCCCCUGUUUCACCAAUCCCUGAAGUCAACGUAGCAGUAAGAUUCACCUAUGUACUUCAUGACUGGACUCAGUUCUCCUGGCCCCUUCUCCCUCCAGAUCUUGAUAUGUUAGAAGAUGAUAAUGAUGUAGGAUACCCUGGUUUCACCAAUCUGCCGUACGGGGCUGUAGAAGAUCCCGUUAGCGAGCUUCAUCUAGCAGCCACGUGGCCCUCUUUUGCCGAGGACAUGAUUGUUGAUAACGACGCUUUCUCUGAUCUUGAUCCUCUUCAGGCCCCUCAGUGGUCAGCCAGAGUGCACAUGACAGAGAAUCCUAGUAGCCUACUUGCUGACUACUUAAAAGGUUUUGCCAAGCUUGCCCAUAGUAAAGAAUCCAUUGAUCAACUCCUAGGUGGAGGUGCUUUUGAAGAUGAUGAUGAUGAAACCUCUGAGCAGGUUAGUUUAGCCCUUCAUAGGUUAACAGACCCAGCCCGUGUCCCAUUUCCCACGCUGUCUUCGGUGAUGAGCAGAGCACAAGCAGCACAGCGUAGGAGACGAACCCAGGGCAAUCAGGCAUCUAGAUUAGAGUCACCUAUACCAGUCAACAUCCUCAAUGACAUCUUAGUGUUCUUGUUUCCCGAUGCGAGUACAGUAUCUACCCCAGCUGGUGAGAGUGCAUCUACGCCUAAUGAAGAUACUGAAAAAGAUUUUGAUAAAAAGGAGAGAUAUCGGCACUUCAAGACAGCUCCUGAAUCCAGCUUGACCUAUAAGCUAGCUAUAAGUAUGUGUGUUGUCAACCAGUGUCACGGAGGACUCAAAGGCGUUGCGCACCUUUGGCAUGAAUUUGUUUUAGAGAUGAGGUAUCGACUUGAAAAUAAUUACAAUAUACCAGGUCUUGGAUCAACAACUCCUAACAUGGGAUGCUGUCUUCUUCAUCAAAAGUUACAGAUGCUUAAUUGUUGCAUUGACCGUAAGAAGGAUAGGGAAGAGAGGCGGAAACGACUAUACUCUAAAGACUCAAACCCACCAAACAGUAGUGUCUCAUCAGAUCAAACAGAUGAUAGAGGGAGCCCUUCAAGAGAAUCCUCAGCAGAGGGAGGAGCUCCAUCAAACGAGCAAAUCACCCGGAUCGUGAGGGCUGCAUCGUCACGUAGUAAGGAAAGUGAUGAUAGCGAGGAGGAAUUCUUUGAGUGCGAUGAUGCGACACCGCCUGAUGAAGGAGGAUUGGAGGAACAGUCUCUCAACUCAAGAAAUGUGUGCAGAGAAAAUGAUGAACAUGAAGACAUGGACAUCUCAUUAGAAGAUGCAGAAAGUAAAGAUGUAGGAAAUGAGAAGGAUCAAGGUUCAAGAAAAGAAGACGAAGGAAAGGAAGGGAUGAAACCGGAAGGAAGAUUAAAACCAUGCGGAGAACUCAGAUUACUACACACCAAUGAAGUUCUGUACAUUCCAGUUACCCAGGAUCCAGCACCUAUGACAGAAGAUAUGUUAGAGGAACAUGCUGAGGUCUUAGCCCAACUUGGAACCUCCUCAGAAGGGAUGGAACUUAGAGCCAGGAUGCAGAGUGCUUGCCUUUUGUCAGAUAUGGAGUCUUUCAAGGCUGCCAACCCAGGAUGCACUCUGGAAGACUUCGUAAGAUGGUACUCCCCUCGGGAUUGGGUGGAUCUGGAUGACCCUCUUAUGCCGGCCGAUGAACAGGGGUCAGAGGGCAGGGUCAGAGGUCAACUCAGCCAGAGAAUGCAGUUGCCAGGUAACACAUGGCAGGAGGUUUGGAGUCAGUCGAGAGCUGUUCCUAGUCAUCGGCAGAAGAGAUUGUUUGAUGAUACCAAGGAAGCAGAAAAGGUCCUCCAUUUCUUAGCAUCUCUGAAACCUUCCGAGCUAGUCUUACACCUCUUACCUGCCCUGGUCCAUGCCGCUCUGCAAAGACUGGAAAAAGCAGGUGCAGAGAAAGUACCAUCUCUGAAGCCUCAUUUUCCUCAGCUUCUGAACACUGCAUCCAGGAUGACCAGAGCACCUGUCCAAGAUAUCAAGAAAUACGAGGAAAUAGUUAAGCAGGUCGGGCUUGUAGAAGUCAUCAUUGCAAGAGACCAGUCCCUCCGAGCCAAGUUUCUCCCCUCCCCUGAUAGUGGAACAGACCAUCUAAGCCAUGCAGGUGUGCAUGAAUUGGAGGAGUUUGUGACCAAACUACAGGAGCAGCCGGAGGUGUUUGUUCACAAGGCUGGGAGGGGCGUGGUAGGAGGCAUUAUUCAUAAACUCUACAGUGCUGCCCAACGGUCUGCUCAUAUGCUAACGGAUGACUCAUUACAUCAGGAAGACAAUAGUGAAAGUUACUCAUCACCGUCCAUCUCAGACAAGGACAAGAUGAGUGGCGGAUCAUCAUCAUCCGUCCCAGACUUCCCUCGUCCCGCCGGUAGAGAGUUCAUCCUCCGCAGCACGGUGCCACGCCCAGCCCCAUACUCCAGGCCGACGCCCCAGAGGAUGUACUGCGUGCUGCUGGAUGAUGAUUUCAGACUUGCCGGAGCAUUCACAGAGGACACUUCUUUCCAGUGAAGGUCUUGUCAAGCCCCCAAGGGUUCCUUUACAGGUCCUUGGUCUUCCCUGGCACCCUUAUGUCUUGGUGUUGAUCAAAGUGCAAGAUUUAGAGUUGAAGCCUGCAGCAGUCAUAUAGCCAGCAUGACUUGACACCACUGAUAUUUAUCACAGUCUAAGGUUGAUACAUGUACAUCUAACAUGACUUGACGCCAUGUUUCUUGAUAUUUAUCGGAGUGUAAUGUUCAGAGUUGAAGCUUCCAAUAUUCUUACAGCUAAUUAGUGUGAGUUCCGUUUUGGGCAGACUGAAUGAUGUAAGGUACAAGAUGCUCUGUAAUGUCAUUUCAACUAGGUUAACUUCUUGCCAUCGCUUCAUUAAAUUUGUUAGUGAUAACAAUUUUUUGAAGUCUACAAAUUUGCCCUUUGCCUAUCAAGAUUUAGUAGCUUUGAAUUGUCAUUGAUAUCAAUAAUAUAGCAAUCGGGGCUGUUCCUUACUAUUGAUCUCACGGAUCUUCUCUUACUCCCUCUCUGUAGCAAUCAAUUUAGAUGGGGAACAUAACCAGCAUAGGAAAUACAUGAGCGUGACAGGUGAUUUCGCCCUCAUGACAGCCCAAAUUGCCCCUAAAAUGCAUGCAUUGGGGCAACCAUUCUUUCUAGAGUCAACCCAAGAUCUGUUCUGUUGUAGAAGGAUAAUAUUGCUUUUACUGCACAAUUACUUUUUACCCCUAAAAAGUAGCCCAUAAAAUGAAAGAAAUGGCCCCCAAUUCUGUGAUCGCCUGAAUGUGAAAAAGAAAAAUAGCCCCUAAAAAUAAAAAUUAUUUCCUACCCUGAACAUAACACACAUUAGCAAUUAUUCAGCAUGCCUGCUCUGACUCACAGUAUACAAAUAUUGACUGUGCAUGAGGAUGACUGUGUAAAUUAUCAUUCCCGAGGUGCGUUUCAUACUCGCCCUUCUAUCACCCCUCCGCCAAGGCCUUGGGGUGACAGAAGGGCUGGUAUGAAAAGUACUGAGGGAGUGAUGAUUUUCACUACAUCCGAAUACAGAGCAGUCCAUAUUUGUUUCAUGUACCUCAUCGAUAAUCACAUAACUCUAUCCCCAAUGUAUUAAAUUUCACGGCCACUGGUGUAACUCUAAUCUCAAUUUGAUUUGCUAAUUUUGAACAAGCUGCACUACCAGGGCUGCUCUGCUGCAUGCUGGCCAGGACAACCGAUAAAUCCAGUUGGCCAGCCAGUGCGCCGUUGGCUGGGCGUUCAUGACCGAGCAGCAGCAGCAAAGCGCAGCCAGUUAGCUCGAGGGCGCGUAGAUACAUGUACAAAACUCCGCCCUCUGGGGUUAUGAGUACUAUCAGAGGAUUUGAUAGAAGAAAUGUACAGUAAGUCAAACCCUGAGACGAUGAGACGGAAUUAUAAGGCUGACCCUGAGACAGAAUAGCACCGCGUCACAUGAUGCAGUUUUGACCAAUCAGAGUAUGAGUUAUAUAAUCUCAGUAUGAGGUAUAUAACAAUCUCAGUAUGAGGUAUAUAAUAAUAACUCUCAUGCUCACUCUGUUGGUCCAUUGUUCUUAACUUAUCAAGCUCAUGAGAGAGCAAUCAAGCAAACCACAGGCUAUGAUAUUGUAAUAAUCAACAAAAAACACAAAUGAUAGAAAAUAAGUUUUAAAUCGAUAUCACACUUUUGAACUUGUCUUUGUCACAGCCAGAGCAAAUAACAACACAUGCGUGUCCAGAAGUUUACAGAUUAGCAAAACAUACUGGAGUAGCAAGCAUUUUAUGUGCACAUCCUACCUUGAAUACACAGAGGAAAAAUGUCCUGGAACUGAACUGCACUCCCGUGACAACAGUUGCCCUUGUCCUGACAUAGACCCUGACCAUUAUAUCCAACCUCUCUGCCCUUUUAAUCUAAAAAGUGCCCUCUUUAAGGCGUAUUUUGUCAAACAAUCACUCCACUGACUUUGAUGUCAUGGCAUAUAGAGGGCGGGCAAUGUCAGCAAAUCCUUGAAUAAAUAAUGCCAGUCUGCAAUCGCCUUCAUUUUGUCUAGAUCAGUAAAGAUGACGUCCAAUGUUGGAACAUGGUCGAGGUAUAGAAGGGACUUGAUGAACAGAUGACAUUUAUUUGGCUUCAGCUUAACUGAGCAUAGUCUCAAGAAGGUUGUCCAAAGGACUUCCUCUUCCACACUCUGCCCUACAAGGUAUAUCAGAUGAAUCUCUUGUUGGAGGCCUGUCAUCACCUUCAUUAAUCUUUCAAUUGUAGCCAGGACAUUGGUGAGCCUAAAAGUAAUGACUUUCCAUCAAUAAGAGUCCAUUCCUGACAUCUUGUAAAGAUUUGUCCUUGGCAUCCUGGCAAAAGCCUGGUAACAAGUACACACAGAGACUGGGGACCCGUUUCAUAAAACUUGUUAUAGUAACAUAUUCGCAAUAACAGUUUAAAUCUGCUGAAAUCCUUCUGUCUGAUUGGCUGAUAGUAAAUUUGUUGUAGAAUUUCUGCAUUUGUUACUAUAACAAGUCUUUAUGAAAUGGGGACCCUGGGCUUUUACACUCAUCCCCUAUCCCCUGGUUCUGCCUCUCAUUCUAGCGCCCUCUUCAGGCUUAUUGUGUCACAGUAACAAUAUUUAUGAUUAAAAUGAAUGUGGUUUAGCAACAGGAGGAAAUGCUGAUGCUUAUUAGCAGUUAUCCCCGUAUAAAGGGAUAGAACGUAAUCAUGAAUAGUGGUUAGAAAUGAGAAGGUGGUCUCAAAUUCACUUGAAAAUGCCUCUCAAUUAAUUUUGAAUAUAAAGAUAUGGUCACAUUAAAUUAUUUAACAAUUUAUUAAAAGCAAGCAUGAAUAAAAUCCGAAGCAAAUAUAGAAAAUAAUAGUUUGCAGAUCACUUCAGCUGAUCUGCUUGUCUGCUUGUAUGGUACUUUGAGAAUAAUGGUAUUUUAAAGUAAAGACUGGUUAUAAUGAUUCUUAGCGAACUCAUUCAGAGAGAAUGUCCAUUGGUUUUUUAAAGUUUUGUUAUGGUGCAAUGUGCUUAUUCCUAACUGUAUAGCUCUUACUCUUUUUUGGUAGAAGACAUUGCAUUUCUGGAAAAGAGAGAUUGUCUCAAGAUGAUGAUAUACAUGGUACCACAAUAUAAUGCAAGAUAUAUGUUUUUAAACCAGUUGAAUUUUAAUAUAUUCAUGUGAAACUAUAUAUUGCUUGUAUUCAUUAUCAUUUUUAAACUACAGGAUAAUAGCUUACGCUCUUUGUUUCCUAAAAACAAGUAUUUUCAUAAUUUGGAUGCAAAUAAUUGCCCUAUAUUUAUUUUUCCAUUUCUAGAAAGUUUCUUUACCUUAAAUCAUACAAGAGCAUGUAUAUCAUUCAAAUUAUCUUAUUUCAUACAACCAUCGUGUCACAAAAAAAUUAUUAGAUGUGUAAAAUUAUGUAUGAUCACACCUGUAAUAUAUAAUGAAUAUUCAUGUAUUAUGUGCUAAUAAAUACCAAAUACACAAAUAAUUUGGUCAUUAUGGUCAUGAAA